GUUCUUCAUAUCCUUUCUCUUAACGUUCCUUUUCGUCACCUCCAUUUUUCCUGUUGUUUAUUUUUUCUCUUUCUAAAGCGUUAAUAUGGAUAAUAUCCGUGCAGUUAUCAAAAAGUCGCCUGCUCCUGUUGUUGUUCAGACCUUACGCACGGCCCUUACUUUACCACCUGCUGCCGCCAGAGCUGUCAUCAAUGAUCUUACAACUCCCACGUCCGUUCAGAAAACAUAUAUUAAACGCAUCAACAACUCUUUCUGGAAAGGAGCUUUGAUCGGUAAAGACAUCAAGUAUGAAAGCGAUGCCAAUGCCAUACGCCGCUUGCGUAAAGCCGAUGUUGUUAUUUUUGAAGUCCACGGUGGUGGAUUUAGAACAGGAAAUGCGACUAUGUACAUGUCAAGUUUCAUUACUUGGAUUGAUAUGUUGAAAGAAAAACACGGUCUCGAUGCGAUCAUGAUGUCGGUUGAAUACGGUCUUGCGCCAGCACACAAGUACCCCGGACCUGUGCUCGAGUGUAAAAAAGCGUACAAGCAUUUGACACAAGAUCUCCACGUUCCCGCAUGGAAAAUUAUCCUGAGUGCAGAUUCAGCUGGUGGAGCAAUUUGCCUAGAAACCAUGAUGCGUACCUACUGUCCUGGUAUUGUCGACGAUUUGGACGCGCCGCGCACAAACUACGACAUUGGAAUACCUGCGGGUAUGCUGAUGGUAUCGCCCUUGAUUACACCCGAAACGACGUCGUGGUCUUGGGAGAAUCUCGAGAAAUACGACAUGGUUGGCCAGCAGCUCGCGAAGCUUGUGUUUAAAGAAUACUUGGAUUAUCCCAAUGUCGAUCCAGAGACGCUGCCCAUCUUGCGUUUAAGCAAAAUUGACAAGAAAUUCGACCGAUUUACUCCCAAGAGUGUUUUGGUCUUUGUCGGUGACAAGGAAGUCAUGCGCGACGAUAUUCUCAACCUUGCAGAGUAUAUCGAAAAGGACGGUGCAAUCAAUAUUCGCGUGUGUAAAGAAGCAUAUGCCCAUGACUGGUACCUUAUUCGCGAAAUCGUUAAGCAAAAGGACAAGUAUAUGCUUGAGCAAUACGAUGAAGUGUUUGUGGACUUUGCUGCUUACGCUGUGGCCGAAGCUGCCGAGCAAUUUACCAAGGAACGAGGACAAGGACAACAAGCCCCCAAAUUGGAUACUCCCGUUCCUAUUGCCACCACCAAUGAAGCUAUGAUAGCAGAGCCUAUAGAAACAGUAGAUGUACCACAACAGGAUGAGAAGCAAAAACCAAUAACUGUGGAACCGGAGAAGCCAGGAGUGAUUGUUCCUUAGAAACGGUUUCUUUCUAAUCACUAUCGAUUGUUCAGUAACAUUUUCUAUUCACAAUAUUUGU